UGUCUGUUUCAGAUUCAUGGUUGUGCUUGUGUGCCUGAUAUUCAGUGUGCUGUCCACAAUAGAAGCGUAUUCGAAUUUCGCAAAUAAAACAUUAUUUUGGAUGGAAAUAUGGCUCGUUGUUUUUUUCGGCGUGGAGUACAUCGUGAGGUUAUGGUCGGCUGGAUGCAGGUCGAAGUACAUGGGAUGCUGCGGGCGUUUUAGAUUCGUUAGAAAACCGAUUUGUAUUAUUGAUCUCAUAGUUGUAGUCGCUUCGAUAGUCGUCCUGACAGUAGGCUCCAAUGGCCAAGUGUUCGCCACUUCGGCAAUCCGGGGUAUCCGUUUCCUCCAGAUUCUACGGAUGCUUCACGUCGAUCGACAGGGCGGCACCUGGCGACUCCUUGGUUCUGUAGUUUUUAUCCAUAGACAGGAAUUGAUAACAACACUUUACAUCGGGUUUUUAGGGUUGAUUUUCAGUAGCUAUUUUGUUUAUUUGGCUGAGAAAGACGCGGUCGGCCCAGAUGGAAAAACGGAUUUUUCCAAUUACGCCGAUGCACUGUGGUGGGGAGUGAUAACAGUAACAACGAUUGGAUACGGGGACGCAGUACCACACACGUGGAUGGGCAAAAUCGUGGCGUCUUGUUUCAGCGUCUUUGCAAUAUCGUUUUUCGCCUUGCCCGCUGGUAUCCUGGGUUCGGGGUUCGCACUCAAAGUCCAGCAGAAACAGAGGCAAAAGCAUUUCAACAGGCAGAUCCCUGCGGCAGCAAUGCUAAUCCAAUGUCUUUGGAGGUGUUACGCCGCCGACAAAUCCUUUAAGGGAAACGCGACCUGGAACAUUUAUGUAAAAGACAUGUCCAAUUCCAAAGAGGCACCACCACCGACAAAGUCGCUCAUGCUUCAAGUUGCAAAAAAAGCCAGCGUCCUAAAAAGAAGAAAGUCCAAAAACAAAAUGGAGCCGCCGCCCUCGACGGCAAACACACCGGGCUCAAUGGAAUGCAACAACACCAUGAGAAGGGACAGCGAAGGAGAAGUCGUCUUUUACAUCGAAGAGCCGAAAGCCGGAACUCCAAACAGAAUCAGAAGAGACGGCAACACGUUUCGAGGGCUUGUCAGUCAAACGAGCAGCGUUACGGAGGUCGCGAGUGACGACAUGGAUCUGGACUUGGAGCCAGAACGAAUUACCGAGUUGACCGAAGUGCACAAAAACGCUAUCCGGGCUAUCAGAAAAAUCAAAUACUUCGUCGCACGGAGAAAAUUCCAGCAGGCCAGGAAGCCGUACGACGUGCGGGACGUUAUCGAGCAGUACAGCCAAGGCCAUUUAAACAUGAUGGUCCGAAUAAAGGAAUUGCAAAGGCGACUGGAUCAGACUUUAGGGAAGCCGGGAAGCUAUUUAGGAGGAAUCGAUAGAGCGGGAAACAUCAAACCGAUGACAAUAGGUGCACGGCUUUGCCGCGUAGAGCAACAGUUGUCGAACAUGGACAGAAAGCUCGAUCAACUGAUGUACGUGCUGAACACUCAAGCUCACAAGCACACCAUCGAAGAACAGGUGUGAUAAUCAACCGGCGGUUCAAGAAUUGUACAUUAAAAAUAAUCCAUACUGUUUGAUGAUUGUAAACCAUGCCGAGGUUUUCCUUCCACGGCAAUGUUAUGUUGAAUGUUUGUUUAAUUAUUUAGAAAUCGCCGAAAUGGUAAAUAAUGCCUGCUGUCAACUUUAGACGACUGGCAAUUUAAUGACAUUAUCAUUAAUGUGUAAAGACAAUCAUAAAGACUAACGCUUUCAUGGCUUAUCGAUAAUUUUGGCUUGAAGCAAAUAGAGUGAAAUUUAUUCCUAGGCGACAUUUUUAAGUCGGAGUCGGUCUGAGCUGUCGUGGUCAAAAAGAGUUUAAAAAUAAAUAUUGUAAUAUAAAUACAGACAAAUACUCAUUUGUUCAAAACUACUGAUCUUAGAUUUAAUAAUGAGAUUUUUACUUAUCAUAGAAUUUUUGUAAGUUGCUUAAUAAAUCUUUAGCAGGAUCACUCAGGGAAGCAAUAGCAAAACAAAAUUUUGUUUCAAUAUAUAUUUUUUUAUUUUUUGUUUGUUGUAUUGAACAAUUUAAACAAAAAGUGAAUUCCAUUUUAUGAACAAGAUUCGAAUGUUUUUAUAUAAAUGAAUUUUAAUUAACGAAAUAUAUGAGUCUUUGAAUUUAUUUCCAAAAUUCAGCUUUGUCUUGGUAUUGCUUCCUAGUAGAAAUCCACUGUUUAGAAUUCAUCUUUGUUUUUACUGCUGUAUAUAUUGUAAUAAAGUUCCAUCAGUAGAACUAAUACAAUUUUUAGCUUCUUAUAAUUAAAACUCAUGUAAUAUAAUUUCUUCCCCUGUAUUAUACCGGACUCAUUUUGUACAAGGGCGACUAUGUAGAAUUGUUAUAAUAAAAAACUCAUUACCAGUCAUUUUUUGAUUUUUGCUAAAGUUAAAUUUAAAGGAUAAAUAUCAAGUGCACUUUUCUCUGAUGGAACUGAAACGCUCUCUUAAGUGAUCUGAAUCUAACUUUUAAAAAAUAUGAAGCUAUGUUUUUUCUAUGAAACAGAACUAGAAUUUUUGUAAUAAAGUUAGGGUCCAAUAAACCGCUUUCUACAUAGGGCAAUCGAUUUUUAUUCGAUUUCUGAUUGACCAACAAGGAAGUUAAUUCAAUAAUUUGACAUGGGGAUUGUAAUGGGCAAGUAACGAUUUUUCCCUGACCUAAAUCACAAAAACGAAGCAAUAAUAACUCUUAUAUUGAAAGCAAUGGAUCCUCGUGUCAAAUUCCUUUUGUGCCUAACUAAUUGUUGCAUAUAAAAUGUAUUGUCUUACGAUUAGAUAUCUUUUGUAAAUAUUGAUUCUCCAUUGUGGUAAUAAUAAAUUUGCAUCACAGUGCUGUCAAUGAAAAUAUUUUAUUAAAUCAAGAUAACUUAAAAAACGCUCUCUAUAAAAAUAAAAAUAAACGUUAAGGCAUAAUUGCCUUAUUAUUGCGAACUCCUUAAACGACAGUGGAACAAAUCAUUAACAGCACUGCCUGGGAGCAAUAAUACAUAUCUUACACAAUAUAGAAUUAAGCUGUUAUGAAGACUUCUUUCCUAGAGUCCUUAUUAGUGUACGUUCCGUAUUUCAAAACAUCGGUUAAAAAUAAUUUUAGAAUAUAAUCGAUUAAUCAUCAUGGUGUCGGGUCCGGAUUUAUAGUUCGUAUAUAAUCGCCAAAACACCUCUUGAAAACUUAUUUUAGAAAAACAAAAUGUAACUUAAUUGAUCUACUAACUUAGAUAAAAUGAUAUGUAGUAAUAUAUUUAAAUAAAAAUCUAUCUUUUAAUAAUAAAAAAAUGUACAUAGCGUUUGAAGAACUGUAACAAUAAUCCUAAGGGUAAAGAAAUUGGUCUGAAAACAUCGUCUUAAUCAUAAAUGCUAUUUUUUAUUUUAGAUGUGACCAUUUUUGAAUGAAGUACAACAAGAGGUCCAAAAUCAGUUUCUAAAACAUUCCCACCCCAUUCUUUUUAAGUCCAAAUCGUGAAUGUGAAUGAGAGUCUCAAAUCAACCCCUUGCCCUGCCUAUGAAUCAGAGAUUCUAAAUAUUUUGAUAUCGAUUGUACAGUAGAAUAAGGAGAGCUCCCUCUAUAUAUAUUACUAUUACUUGUAACAUUUUUUUGUUCAUAAAUAGUUUCUUAAGAAAAUUAUUUUUAAUUACAGUGAGCAAUUAUUUUGGCCUAAAGUGCUUGUAGCAAUUAAUUAAUUUUAUUAAUUUCGACUUUAUAAAAAACUAUAAUAAUAACUAAUCUUUAAAAAAUGUUAUAUAAAUUUGUUGAAAAAUGAUAUAAAUACAUAUCUUCUGUGAUAUUGUGUUAUUGUGCUUAUACUUAAAGUUGACAGUUUAUUCGUUAAAAAAAAUGUCGAAUUCGUUGUUCUGUUAAAGGACCAUUGAAUUAAAUUCAGUAGAAAAUUACGUUUCUGUACAAUUCAACCGCUAUAUUUUGUAAAUGUCCCAUAAUAUUUUGUUUAUGUAUUUUGACUCUACGUUAAGAGCGACUUGUAACUGUGCAACGAACAAUAUUAUUACUGACUAUUGUUAUGGUUUUAAUUUUCAUAUUUCAAUUGUAACACUUUUUAUGUGUGUUUUGAUUAGAUUAGAGAACAUUUAUUUCUCUUUUUUUUAUAAAAAAAAAGCACACAGUUUUCCACUUUUGUGAAUAUAAAUCAUUAAUGAACAUAUAUAUAUUCUUGAUUAUUAGCUUAUUAGUAACUAUAGGAAAGAUAAGACUAUACUUUACUGUUAAGUAUAAUAAAAGCAAAAAUUGCAACGGUAUUAUGCUUUAUCAAAUUUGGCUAAUAAGCCCCUCCCAGAGAAAAUUAAAACUAAUAUUGACAAGUUUAGCCUUGUCAAUAGUUUGUAUUGAUUAGAUUUAAUACAUUUACAAAACAGUAGUGUACAUUUAUAAAGUAAUUGUUUUAAAAAUUGUAGUUUUUUCUUUUAAAUUUAUAACAGUUUGAAUCAUAUCGUCGGGGACCACAAAAGCGCUACCGGAGUCGGUGAAAAAAGACCACGAUUUGGCUGGUAUUCUGCACGAGAACCAGCACGAUGCACGCCUCGCGGCGCCUUUUUGGAGCAUUUAUGUGGUGCCAACGAUUUUUUAAAUAACUAUACUUUCUCAAUUGUACAUUAAAUGCACAAACAGAAUUGAUAAUUAACAAAAUUAUACAAAGUGUAGUUGUUUUCAUUCAAAAGUAUCUUUAAUAGAACAUUUUAAUUAUCUAUGCAUUACCAACAAAAAAAUUAUAUUCUCA